AUGGUGUUUUCCUCGUGUAAUAUUGUUAGACAUAAAAAUCCUUCAGUUAUCUUGAAGUUUAGUCGUUUUAUUUCAAUUGGUGAUCAAAUCUCUCUUAUCAGAAGAAUAACUGCUGAAGAUGUCAAAGAGUUUGCAAAGCUUACAGGUGAUCUGAAUCCAAUUCAUAUAGAUGCUGAAUAUAGCAAACAGACACGUUAUGGAAGGUGUAUUGUACAUGGGACAUUUGUUCAAGGUCUAGUUUCUUGUCUUCUUGGUGUACAUUUUCCUGGGACUGGAUGUGUUGCAUAUGCAAUAAGCUGUAGAUUUCCGGAAGCACUAUUUGUUGAUGAAACUUGUCGAAUCGAAGCUGUCGUAUCAAAGCUACGUGGAAGGUUGGCUACUUUCGAUGUUAACGCCUACGCUUGUGAAAGGAAUGCGAUGGUUCUAGCUGGUCAUUUCGAUGUGUUCCUGACACGUGAACAGCUGUCUAUGAAACCUCCAGUUAAUCGAGAAAUUGUGUGCAGUUCAAAAUGA